AUGAGCCGCCAGCCAGGGGAGCGGUGGCCACAGCAGCGAGUGACAGCCAGUGCACACGGCUGGGGACACUGGGAUGGCCAUGAAGCCCAGACCCUUGGCCUUGCUGGUGCCCAGACCACCCAGCUCCUGGUGGAGCCCCCCUGGAGGCCGGCGGUGCUGUGGGACCGGGUGACACUGACCUGCCAGGGCUUGGGGACCGCCAGUGCCACCACCUGGUACAAGGAUGGGCGGCGCUGGGGGCAGCAGGGACAUGACUGCCUCAGUGUCACAGAGAGAGGCACCUACACAUGUGACUGUCCUGGAACCAGGCGCAGCCCCCUCAUUACAGUCAUAGAAGAACCACUGGUGCUGCAGGUGCCAGCACGGGCACUGCUGGAGGGGGACACAGUGACAUUGCACUGCCGGUGCUGGCAGGAAAACCAUCUCAGCAGGGUACGAAUAUACCAGGAGGAGAAGGAUCUUGGGGGGUCCCUCAGGAGGACUGAGCUGUCCCUGUCCCCCCUGCAGCUGCACCACAGCGGCCACUACCGCUGUGCAGACUUGGUGAGGUCCUGGCAGUCACGGUCAGCACCAGUGACAGUGACAGUGCACGAGCUCUUCAUGGUGCUGGUACUGGAGGGUCCCCCCAAGCUCACCAAGGGGUCCCCCCUGACUCUCAGCUGCCUCAGCAGCCCCAGCCCCCUGCGGCCCCGAGCCCCCCUCCUGCAUGUGUUCUACCAGGACAGGCAGGUGGUGGGGGGCCCGCAGGGGUCCCCGCAGCUGCUGGUGCCCACCGUGGGGGUCUCCCACUUGGGGAAUUAUGGCUGUGAGGUGCACGCCAAGGGGGGGGCCGUGCAGAAGAGCAGCACCCGGCUGCGCGUCACGGUGCGCAGGGUCCCGCCCUCGGGGGUGUCCCUGUCAGCACAGCCCCCCAGGGGACAGGUGGCACUCGGGGACAGCCUGGUGCUGAACUGCGCAGUGGCCAUGGGGACAGGUCCCCUGUCCUUCUCCUGGCACUGGGAGGGCUCGGGGGCACUGCCUGGCACCGGCCCCCGCCUGGAGCUGCGCCACGCUGGGGACAAUGACAGCGGCCAGUACCGGUGCAGGGUCAGUGACGGGGACAGUGUGGCUGAGAGUGACCCCCUGAAUGUCACCAUCCUGGUGCCCGUUGCCAUUGCCACCAUCACCCUCAGUCCCCUGUCACACCAGGUGCGUGCAGGUGACAACGUGACCCUGCACUGCUCAGUGCAGGUGGGGUCAGCCCCUGUCACCUUCACCUGGCUGCACAACAGGCAGGAAGUGUCUCAGGGUCUCCUGGAUCUCGAUGUUGUUGAAGUGGGACAUUCAGGCACCUACCAGUGCGUGGCCACCAACCAGCUUGACAGGAACCACGUAUUCUGUGCGCCCAGCCCAGAGCUGACCCUCGAGGUCACCUCUCACUCACCCUGGGUCACAGUGGCCGCAGGAGUUGGUGGGGCCCUUUUGUUCCUGCUCCUCCUCAUGGCUGUCAUAGUGACCUGGCACUGGUGGCACCGUGGCCCCCCCCCGGAUGCCCUGGCCCCCCCAGAGGAGGGGGAGGUGCUGUACACCCACGUCGUGGUCACCAAGAGGGCAGGGGCGUCCCACUGUGCCACCACCCUCCAGGAUCCCCAGGUGACCAACGCGGAGCUGCGGGGACCCCAGGGGCGACCGCGGGAACCCGGUGACAUCUACGGGAAUGUGCUGUGACACUGGGGGGAACUGGGGGCACUGGGGGUCCCCACCCAUGGGCACCCACUCGUGUCUGUGCUGCCACUAAAAACUGCCCCAAUCCCUC